CGCGAAGCGCCAUCGACAAUUAGCGACCGAGCUCGUCGGUCGCGGCCAGAGAGGCCUGGCCACCGCCCCGCCCGCACACGCACCCGCCCGCACCCACCCCCACGCCCGCGGCUGGCUCCCAUGCCGCUGGCAUGCCGCGCGGUCAGCGGGCGUCUGCGCUCCGCCAACGCGGCCGGCAGACGGUCGGGGCGGCGAGACGCCCAGCAGACGAGCGCGGCGGCGCGGCCGCUGAGCCGCCGGCGGUGCGGCGGCGCAGGGAUCGCCGGCAGGGCGGCGGCGGCGGCGGGGCGGCCGCGGCGGCGGCGCGGCUGGCCGCCCUCCUCGGCGUGCUGCCCCAGGGGUCCACCGGCCUCCUCAAGAAGCUCCAGGGCCUGCCCGCCUCGCGCGGGGACCCGGUGACGCUGCUGGCCUGGGAGGUGGGGCUGGAGCCCGGGUCCACCAUCGAGGUCGACCUGCACACGAGCAGCUCAACGGGUGCCACGUCAUGGUGCUCGCCUUGGAGCAGGUGUACGCACUGUCCUGGCGCAUCAAGAUGGGCCAGCUGGAGCUGGGGAGCGGCAACUCCAGCCUGUUCUCCACCCACUGGCGGGCUGUGAUGCGGGACCGUGUCAGCACGACCUUCCGCGUCCGCUCGCCGUACAGAGAUGUGUAUUCUGUGCUGGUCUACUGCGAGCAGGUGCAGGAUUUCACGCUCAGCGGCAGGCUCGGCAUGGUAAACCCGCUGGGCGAGCACCUCUCGCUGCAGGAGGCCCACAUGCCGGAUGCCAUCGGUGCGCUCUCCGUAGUCUUCUUGACCGCGGCGGCGGUCAUGGCCCCCCCGAUGGUGAUGAUCGGUGUGUGGCUCCGCAGGCGCCUCGGCUCCGGGAUGCACCACGCGAUAGCGCUCGCCAUCUUUGCGCGGGGCCUGACGCUGUUCUGCUGGGGCUGCGACUGCCGCCGCGUGUCUCGCGCGGGGGCGAGCCCCCUCUGGUCCAGCCUGACGUGGCAGCUGCUGGACAAGGGCCAGCACGGCGUGGAGCUCCUCGUGUUCCUGCUGUUCAGCUUCGGGUGGAAGUUCUACAGGAGCGACCUCACCUGGAUGGAGGUGCGCCUCCUGAUGUACGUGGCGGUCGCCACUCUCCACCUGGGCGUGAUGGAGCUGAUAUGCGUGGCCGUCGUCGUGAGGCAGGAGGAGUACCCGCUCUGCCCCGCGACGCUGCCAGUGGUGUCAAAGCAGGUCGCGGGGGUACAGCUGGUGCGCCACGUGCACGACUCCCUCUUCCACGUGGUGGUCAUCCUGGCAACGAGCUUCCAUCUGCAGACGAUUCGUGCCCAGCUCGUGAUAGACAGUGUGUCAUGGGAGCUUGGGACGCUGUACCGAAAGCAGUUGGCCUACGAACGCUUUAGGUGGAUCUUCCUCGGAUUCCUGUGUGCGCCUCUCGCGGAAAACGUCGUGAAGGUGUAUUUUUUGCCUUGGGACGGGGAGUGGCUCUACAUCGUUCUCAAGGAGAUGCGAAGACUGGCGAUCUACAUGUGCAUGUCCGCCGUGCUGGUCAAGCAGGACAUGCCAUCCUGGGGCGCGCUCGCAUCCAUAGGGGCCCCUGCGAACGACGGCGGGCCCCCCGCGCGGCCCCGGCCGGCCUGGCAGCUGGAGCUGGCCGCCCUGGGGAGCCGGGCGCGCCCGGAGUGAGGCGAGCGGGCAGCUCCCGUCGGGGGCGACGACGAGAAGGGGGAUAUGGGCGCUCCCAGAGUGAGGCGGUCGGGCAGCUCCCGUCGGGGGCAAUGAUAGGAAGGGGGAUGGAUCUGAUCGCCAUGCGGGGGCACUUGUCCCAGGGCGGCUGGGAAACUUAUCUUCCCACACUGGAAGGCGCCCCCGACCGCGGGCAAGUAUCUGGUGCAUCACGUCGCGACUCGGGGGGGCCAGGGCCUCACGAGGCCUCGCGGAGCCUCGCGAGCGCGAGCCCGUGCCAUAGGCACGAGGCGAGCGUGCUCCCCAGUUGCCUCGCUGCGCGCGGGCUCGUCGGUGGCGGGAUGCUCCCGGGCAUCCCAGGCGUCCCUGCACCUCGCGGCUUG